AUGGCAGAUUUCAGUCUCGAUGCCACUUUCAUCCCGGCGCUACACAAACCACCAGCACUGCUGCCAAUAGCCAAGUAUCGCGACAGUCUAUUGUAUGUCAUAGAAACGCACCCAGUGACGAUCGUAAUCGGUCAAACUGGCUCUGGGAAAACAACACAGAUACCCCAGUUUCUGGAAAAGGCAGGAUGGUGCGCAGAUGGCAAGAUAAUUGGUGUUACUCAGCCUAGACGGGUCGCAGCGACGACAGUCGCCCUCCGCGUCGCCGACGAGAUCGGGUGUGAGGUAGGCAAAGAAGUCGGCUACUCAAUUCGGUUUGAAGACGUCACUUCGUCAGCGACGCGGAUCAAGUUCCUUACCGACGGCCUGCUCAUUAGAGAAGCCCUGGUUGACCCCCUGCUGAGUCGGUACUCCGUGAUAAUGGUCGACGAGGCGCAUGAACGCUCAAUAAGCACAGACAUCUUGCUGGGGUUGCUGAAGAAGAUUCGCAGGAAGAGGCCUGACCUCAGGAUCAUAGUCAGCAGCGCGACGUUGCAGGCAGAGGACUUUCUGGAGUUUUUCGCUGCUGUUGGCGAGGACCAAAAGAGCUCCAUGAGUAACGACGACAAGCCAUCUGAGACUGGGAAAAUCGUGAGUCUGGAGGGCCGGACGUAUCCCAUCGAUAUCCUGUUCCUGGAAUCACCGACAGAGAACUAUGUUGGCAAGGCGGUGCAGACUGUGUUUGACAUCCAUACACAGGAGGGAGAUGGCGACAUUCUCGUCUUCCUGACUGGCCGCGAAGAAAUUGACAGCGCUAUCCAGGCCGUGGCCGAAAGAAUUGGCCAAACGGGAGAUCGAUAUGGCGAUUUACAGCCAAUGCCACUUUACGCCGGGCUGUCGUCAGAGGAGCAAAUGUACGUCUUUGACAAGGCACCCGAAGGCAAGCGAAAGGUGAUUUUCUCGACAAAUAUCGCGGAGGCAUCCGUAACCAUUGACGGUAUAGUCUACGUGAUUGAUAGCGGCUUCGUCAAACUGCGGGCAUACAACCCAAAGACGGGCAUAGAGAGCCUCACCGCAACGCCAACAUCCAAGGCGUCCGCCUCACAACGAGCUGGGCGUGCCGGGCGGACGAAGCCAGGGAAAUGCUUCCGUCUCUACACCGAACAGAGCUAUCAUAGCUUACCAGAGGCCAACCCUCCCGAGAUCCAGAGAUCCAACCUGGCACCGAUUGUGCUGCAGCUCAAGGCGCUCGGGAUCGACAACGUCGUUCGUUUCGACUACUUGUCACCUCCGCCGUCGCAGCCCAUGUCCAAGGCCUUGGAGCUGCUCUUCUCCCUGGGGGCGCUGGACGAAUAUGCAAAGCUAACCAGACCGCUGGGCUUCCGCAUGGCCGAACUCGCAGUCGAGCCCAUGAUGGCCAAGACGUUACUCGUAGCCCAGUCGUUCAACUGCCUGAGCGAGAUGCUCACCAUCGCAGCAAUGACCAGCCUGGGCGCAAGUGUCUGGUUCUACCACGACGGCGAGCAAAGAGCCAUGGAGAAUGCACGGCGCAAAUUCGCCGCCGAAGAAGGCGAUCAUCUCACUCUUCUCAACGCCUACACGGCAUUUGUCACAAAGGGCAAGAAGGAAGCACGAUUCUGUCACGAAAACCACCUCAACUACAAGUCCAUGACGCGCGCUGUGAGCAUCCGAGCACAAUUGAAACGAUACGUAGAGCGGUUCAACAUCCAGGUCGACGAGUCGCUGUCUUCCAAGCGACCCUCGGGGGCGGAUAUGAAGACCAAGGCGGAGCAGAUUCGCCGCUGCUUGACGUCGGGUUACUUUGCGCACGCGGCGCGAAUGCAACCCAACGGUACGUUUCGCAACGUCGAGGGCGGGACCGUCAUGUACGCGCACCCGAGCUCGUUGCUUUUCAACAGAAAGGCGGACUGGGUCAUCUUUCAUGAGGUUAUGGAGACUGGGGAGAAGACGUUUAUUCGUGACAUUACCAAGAUUGAGAAGGAGUGGUUGUUGGAGUAUGCACCUGGCUUUUACACAGUGACGAAUUCUAGGCAGGGAGAAUAA